UAAGCUAUUUUGAAUUGGAUUCUAUAAAUCCACCGUCCCGCAUAAGAAACGUUCGGUCUGCCUACGUCGAUAAUAUUUUUGUUAUAAUCUAAGGACUCUUAUUCUGAAUAUGCUGUCAGAUUUCAUAACCUUAGAGUCUAGGCUUUAGAUGGCUUCACACGCAGCCCGCAAUUAAUUCUCUUUGGUUACCGAGACGCCUUGUUCCACCAAGGCUGGUUUUGCGCUAGGAUACUGAAAAUGAAGCCGUUUGUCACUGCUACCUUGUUAUUGUCAGUGGCAGCUGCGUACUAUAUUUACCUUCCGCUACCUAAUACUGUAUGCGAGCCAUGGAAAUUAAUGAUUCUGGAUGCCGUUUUCCGUAGUUUCAUGCAUAUGGGGGACUUGGCUCACGAUCUUGGCCUCAGCCACCACAUCCAUGUAAUUAAUUACAUUGUGUCAAAAGUCGAGGUGAAAGGUCCUCAGUCCAGUAAGACAGUGCAGGUGACUGACACCUCCUUUGCUGGUGUGCAAGCUCGUGUGUUUGAACCGACCACACAAGUGAAGGAGCACCAUCUCAAGAGGGGCGUUGUCUACUUUCACGGAGGUGGAUGGGCCAUGGGCAGUGGACGGAUGCGCUCAUAUGACUUGCUGUGCCGAAACAUGGCAGAGGAACUGGAUGCGGUCAUCGUGUCUGUUGACUACAGCCUGGCCCCAGAAGCCCAUUUCCCUCAGCCGUAUUAUGACGCUCUAAAGGCCGCCACUUUCUUCCUGAGACCCGAGGUUCUGGCGCAGUACUCUGUGGACCCAAAGAGGGUGGCUAUUUCAGGUGACAGUUCCGGGGGGAACCUGGCGGCUGCUGUGGUCCAACAGAUGGCCGCUGAAAACAAAACCUCCACCAAAUUCAAGGUCCAGGCCCUGAUCUACCCUGUGCUCCAAGCUCUGGACUUCAACACACCAUCCUAUCAGCAGAAUGGAAACACCCCCAUCCUGUAUCGCUCCGUCAUGGCCCGCUUCUGGCUGGAGUAUCUGAACGGCAACACCAGCCUGGUUCCUCUCCUGCUGGCCAACAACCACACAGCCCUGGACCGGACUGGGGUACCGGAGGCAGCCAGGGCUAAGGUGGACUGGACCCGUCUGCUCCCUCAGUCCUUCCAGAAGGACUUCCACCGGGUGUCUCCAGCCCAGGGCAGUGCACAGGUGGUGGAGGAGCUGCCGGCACUCCUGGAUGUCAGGGCCGCCCCACUGCUGGCGGAGGAGGAGGUGCUGAGGGCGGUGCCGCCCGCUUACAUCAUGACGUGCGAGCACGACGUGCUACGAGACGACGGCCUGAUGUACGCACAGCGAUUGGAGGAGGCAGGUGUCGCCGUCACGAGGGACCACUACGAGGAUGGCUUCCAUGGCUGCAUGGUGUUCUCAUUCUGGCCGGCCAAGUUCACCGUGGGAACGCGCAGCAUGUGGAACUACAUCCGCUGGCUGCAGGAGCAUCUCUGAGUGGCCAGAGAGAGCUGGUACAAUAGAGAAAGAUGUGUCAUUCCAUGUCAUGUUAACUGGACUUGAAAUUGACCAUUUGUGACACAACUUGUAUUAUAGGACAAGCUUGUAACCACUACUUUGUAACCUUUCAAAUAAGGUUUAAGGCACUGGAUUUAAAUCAUAGUGUUACAUUUUAAUGAAAUUAAUUUAUUUGUCAGUGCAAUAUUUCUCCGCAAGCCAUUAUUCUAGGCACUAGGUGGCUUGUUUUGUGAUUUGGAUCAGUGAACUGUUGGAACAAGCCAGACCAAUGAUUUGGCACUGUGUGCUCUCCACUUUACUUUAAUACUCCCAAAUGCACAAAGCCAAAUAUGAUCACAAAGCUUUUAUUAGAAUGUAUGUCUGUGAGACCACUGUAUUAACAGUAUAUCAUCACCAAAUAACUACUGUCAUUGUAGAAUAAUGUGAAACAUGGAACAGGACAAUACACCAUACACAAGAAACACAGGGAUUUGAAGUGAAUGUUGCUGUAUCUGUGUUGGGUGCCUUAGAAAUCCUACAUUACUUGAAAGAUGUAUUUUGGAUAACCACUAUGAAAGAAACUAUCACUUCUCUCUUCAGUUUAAGAGUAAACAAGCUGCCAUGUGACGGAUUGUAAUAUGUUUGAUACUGGGCGAUGCCAAAACUGGCACCUGAGCCAGUAACAAAGCUAUUUUUCAGCAACAUUUGUAUAUUUUUCUAUUGACAAACUGAGAACGCGAGUUAUAUAUUGAUAUUAUAUUUUGAACAUAGACGUAUAACAAAGGCAAUGGGAAAAUAAAAACACUAAGUAUAUAUGACCUAUUUGAAAUCUAUUUUAAAAGAUGAUAUAUUACUGUUCUUAUAUAUGGUGUAUGUUUUUGUUUACCUAUUUCAUCUUGAGCUUUAAAUCCAGUUAUGUCAUAAUCUGACUUUACCCUUCCCAAACUCCACAGUUAUGUACUGAUAUAACUCCAUUCAUUAAGGGAUCAGUAUGAUCUGUUCACGGCAACAUGCUUCAUUCAGCUCCGUAGCCGCAGAGGCUUGAGCUGUGCCUGGGAGGUUUGCUCCAGCAGUAUUAACCAGGAGGGUUCGGAGAGGCCCACGGGCGGAGAUAAGCACUAAGGAAUGCACUCAGUGCUGCAGCAGUCCUGGCCCGCACGAGAGAGACCUCUGGAGAGAGCAUGUGAUUCACUCCACAGCACUGUGUAUUUAUGUAGAAUGGUAGAGAGCCACAAUGCAGUGUGGGUCUUUAUCUUAGUUCUUCGUCAAACACUAUGUCUGUGAAUGUUCUUUUAAUAGAACUGAGGGGAAGAUGCUUCAGCAACUUCAGGGCUUUGAUGUGUUGAGCCGUUUUGCUGUUUUGCUUAUUCCUGUUUUUCCAGCAUGAGUUUGUAGUCUUUUUUGUUUUCUCCAACUCCCUGGUUUUGAAGCUUUCCACUGGUAUGACAAAGAUGUACAUUUCCCACAUUUUCAAACCAAAAUCGUCUUCACCAAAAACACAUAUGUUAUGUUAUGAGCCAUAUUAUCUCAGACUUCCCUUUGCUUGUUCUGUUUGCUGUUGUUACACUGAAUGUAACUGUUGUGAUUUAAGUUGAUUAUACAUUUUGAGUUGUUAUUUGUUUGUCAUUAAAAAGUCUUCACUGU